AUGGAGAUUGUCCAGUCGAACGAAGCCUUCAAGAAAAUUGAUGGCAAGUUCCAAUUUGUAUACGUCCAGAUCAUUGUACGGCAAGAUAACGUCUUAUAUUCUGCAAAGUGGAUGGAUCGGGAAAACGAUCCUCAAGACUUGUCUCAGCUUCUUGAUAUUCAGCGGGUAGAGACCCAGGACAGGGGUCCAGAGGUGAGGCAAACCUGGACUGUGGUAUCGCAGUUUGACUGCUACGUCAAAACUCCGAGUCUCUUCGCAUAUACUGGAAGGUCCGACCUCGAGAAGCAAAUUAUCCGAGAGGUAGAGGCAUGUGAGGUUCUUCGAAAACAUCCUCACCCAAACAUUGCAUUCUACUAUGGCUGCCAGGUGACGCGUGGUCGAGUUUCAGGUCUUUGCUUCAAGCGGUAUACGUCAACAUUGCUGGAAAAAGUCAACCCCCAAAAUCUGAACAAAUUUGCCUUUCUCUCUAGUGGGCGACCUCUGGUGGACGACUUCAUAAAAGCCAGCCUAAUCGGUAUCCUGCAGGCCAUUCAGCACCUGCACUCGCUUGGGCUUGUUCACAACGACAUCACGCCUGCCAACAUUAUGUUCACUGAGGAUGGCACGCCGGUUCUCAUUGAUUUCGACAGCUGCCGACUGGUUGGAGAGUCGUUGCGCGACACGGAAGCUAAGAGGACGCAUGAAUGGCAUAACCCUGAUGUCAAAACUGCGUUGGAGAAGAAUGAUCUCGAUGCAUUUACAGAAUUGACCACCUGGCUGAUUGGAUCAGUGGCCGAGGAAUUUUUGUUCAAGUAA